CUUUUCCUCACAGUAAAGCAUCAGCUUCUUAUCCCCGCAAAGGGGCGGGCCUUUGGUCAAUCACUGAAUAUAAGGAGGACCAUGACAAUAAGGAAAGCAUCACUACCUCCAGAUCUCAAAGAGCAUCUUAACACACCAAAGAAGCCUUUCCAGACGCAGAGAUGCUUCUCUCCGUCCUUCUUAUCCUGGGCCUCAGCCUGGUGCCCAGCUACUCCAAACCAACAGUGGAAGGACUUGGAAGUCCUUUUCUUCAGCAAUGCUUUAAAGAAGCAAAGAAAAUAGUGGAUGAUGCCUACAAAUACUCCAGAGAAGAGAGUCUCAGACGGGUCCGUAAGGAAGUGGUGCGGCCGCAUGAUGCUCUUCGUCUCUUGAAGCAGCCCCGGGGUGACACUCGUUCAGCUGUGCGCUCUGCUGACUACAUGGAACAGACUCUCCGUUUGGUCCAGGAAAAAGCACAUCGUGUGCACAAGCGCUCCCUGAAUGCAACAGAUUUGCUCACAGAAGAAGAUUUGAAAGAACUUGCAAGGAUAACUGGAUGUGAGGCCCGAAUCAGGAAUCCUCCAUGUCAUACCACCCCAAAUAUCAACAAGUACCGUACAGCCACCAGUGUCUGCAACAACCUAAAAAACCCUCGCCUUGGAGCGGCCAACACCCCAUUUACCCGCUGGCUGCCUUCUGAGUACGACGACGGCAUCUCUCAACCCAAAGGAUGGGACAGAAACCGCAAAUUCAACAACUUCUUGCUCCCUCUGGUACGACAGGUGUCCAACAACAUCCUGAGUACCACAGACGCAGGCGUCGUCAAUGACACUGAGUACAGUCACAUGGUGACCUUGUUUGGCCAGUGGAAUGACCAUGAUCUCACUUUUACACCAUUCUCGCCUAGUAUCCGCUCCUUUAGCAAUGGUCUGAACUGUGAUGAGAGUUGUGAGCAGAGUGAGCCAUGCACCCCUAUCCCGAUCCCCAAAGGAGACCCCCGUAUUCCUGAUGGCCCAAACAACUGCAUUCCAGCCUUUAGAUCCGCCCCUGCCUGUGGAACAGGUUACUCUGCCUAUAAUUUUGGUGGAGAGCCCAGCAAGAGGGAGCAGAUCAACUCCCUAACAGCCUUUCUUGAUCUGGGGCAAGUGUAUGGCUCAGAUGAGAAGCUUGCCCUGAACCUUCGCAACCUCACCAGCGAUGAUGGCCUGAUGCGAGUCAACACCGAAUUCAGAGACAACGGCCGUGAGCUCCUGCCCUUCCACUCCAUGCAGGUGCAAAUGUGCGCCACUCGCAGAAAAAUCACCAAUGAUACCAACGCCAGGGAGGUCCCCUGCUUUAUCGCAGGUGAUGGCCGUGUGGACGAGAACAUUGCCCUGACAUCCCUUCACACCCUGUUCAUGCGUGAACACAACCGUUUGGCCCGUCAGCUGAAACGGCUCAACCCACACUGGGACAGUGAGACACUCUACCAAGAGGCCCGCAAGAUAACGGGUGCUUACACCCAGAUGUUUGUCUUCAGGGACUAUCUGCCUCACAUUGUUGGUCCAGACGCAAUGCGCAAUCAGCUGGGACGUUACCCUGGCUACAACCCUAAUGUGGACCCCAGCAUCGCUAAUGUUUUUGCGACAGCAGCUUACCGUUUUGCUCACCUGGCAAUCCAGCCAGUUUUGUUCCGACUGGACACUAACUACAGAGAGCAUCCUCGCUUCCCCAGUGUCCCCCUGUAUGAGGCUUUCUUCACCCCAUGGAGAGUCAUCUUUGAGGGUGGAGUCGACCCUUUGCUGCGCGGUCUGAUGGGCCGUCCUGCUAAACUGAACACCCAGGAUCACAUGAUGGUGGAUGCUCUCAGGGAGAGGUUGUUCCAGUUUGUCAUGCACCUGGCUUUGGAUCUGGGUUCUCUGAACAUGCAGAGGAGUCGUGAUCAUGGCCUGCCUGGCUACAAUGCAUGGCGCAAGUUCUGUGGUCUGUCCCAGCCAAGGAACCAGGCCCAGCUGGCUCAGGUUUUAGGGAAUGCUGAGCUGGCUCGUAAGCUGCUUCAACUCUACGGGACCCCUGAAAACAUUGACGUUUGGCUUGGAGGUGUCGCAGAGCCAUUUGUGCCAGGCGGCCGUGUGGGGCCUCUUUUCGCCUGCCUCAUUGCAACUCAAUUCCAGAAGAUCCGUCAGGGUGACAGACUUUGGCACCAGAACCCCGGCGUUUUUACAACAAGGCAGAGGCAGGCUUUGUCCGCUGUUACGCUCUCCAGAGUCAUCUGUGACAACACCGGCAUCACAUCCGUGCCUGCUGAUGCUUUCAGCAUCAUCUCAAGUAGAAACCGUUUGGUGCAGUGCUCCGGUCUGCGUCGCCUGGACCUGUCGGCAUGGAGGGAGACAUCCUGUGGCUUCGCAUCUUCAGCUAAUUGCCUAAAAGCCAGUGACGGAGAGGGCCCCCUGGACCUUCAGGACCCUCAAGAUCUGCAAGACCCCAAUGAACUUGAGACCAAUGAGAUCCAGUAAAACCAUACAGCCCCUAAGGUCAUCGUCAUACAGCUGCAGUCGGUUCUUCCUGGGUGUCCUGGAAAUGUGACCCAUCCUCAGAGAGAUAAAUAAAGAUAAACAACAAGCAGAACCAGACAGCACUCAAAAAAAAACUGUUUGUUAUUCAGAUAUUCUUCAUUUCUUCUUCUAUUGGAGCAGAAAGUUGGCACAACAAUUAACAUUUUCAAUCUGGCCAUCUUCUCUGAAUAUUCACUCUUGGCUGCUGAACACAAACGCACCGUUUUCAGGCUGUACUGCAAUUUUAAAAUCCACCUGUGACCUGUAGGCUUUGAUACCUGGUUUACAUCCCUUAACCUGUCUAAGAAAAACUCAACUGUAUCCUCAUUUUACUCUUCACUGUUUUGUUUGAUUUAUGAUUGAUAGUAAUUAGUUUUAAUUCACCAAAUCUAUUUAACUCUGUUACAGCUUACAGUGACAAAAAUGCAUUUUGUCAGUUUCAAUGGGAUUAAAAAGUAUUGAAUUACAAAUAUUUUAUGCACUGAUUGUUUACAAACUAAUAAUUGUAUAAGUUAUGCUUGUCUGCAAGAUUUCCUUUGUUUUACUUUAUUGUCAUAUAUUGAAUGUUGCAUUCAAUAAAGCAAUUGCGCAAUCACA